AACCAGGUCUCAGAGGACAUAACUGACAACUCAUAACCGGACGGUAACUUGCUGCAGGGUUGAAAGUCUCCCAUCAGCGGAGACAACAGACGCUCAGUCCGCGUCUGACGGCACAGGGCUGCACUUGACUCCGAAAGCGCGUGAAUCGACAGAGAACAUGUCCGGUCUCGUAGUUCGACUCUCCAGAGUGAUUUCUCAAAGUGCGGUCGCCAAGUCUGCAUUGUUGCCCAAGAGAAUCCCAGCCUUCCGCCGUCGUGUCUUCACAAGUGCAGGCUUGCAGUCUCUGACUCGCUAUGAUGAGACAACAGACUGGCAGAAGAAGCUCUCUCCAGAGCAGUACGUAAUCACGAGGGAGAAGGGCACCGAAGUGCCCUUCAGUGGAAUCUACCUGCACCAUAAUGACGUGGGAAUGUACCACUGUGUGUGCUGUGACUCUCCCCUCUUCAGUUCGGAGGCUAAGUAUGACUCUGGUACGGGGUGGCCAGCGUUCACAGAGGCCCAUGGAGCGUGGGGGAGAGACGAGAGCCACGCCUCCGUCAUCCGUCGCCCCGACAACAGUCUGGGCAGCGCUGGGACAGAGGUUCUGUGUAAACAUUGUGAUGCCCACCUUGGUCAUGUGUUUGAGGACGGGCCGGACCCCACAGGCCAGCGGUUCUGCAUCAACAGCGCAGCCCUCACCUUCAAACCUCGAGAACAGAGCCCCUCCAAUGAUGCAGACCAGUAGAGGCCCCACAUUGUUGAGACACGCCCCCACACCAUCGAGACACACCCCCUGGAGGAACACCUCACUCAGACCCCCAGAACUAAACUCAACCCCCUGGUCUAACCCCAAACCUGGGCCCUCCCUUAACCCUCCAGCUUAGCCAGGGCUUCCUGUAACACUGUAUAUGAAGUUGAGAGGAAGAGGGCUCGGAUGAUUUUGUGUAGCCCUUAAUCUACAGUGUUUCUGUGUGUUUCAGUGUAACUGUCUUAACCUACAGUGUUUCUGUAAGAUAGGUUCAUCUGAAUGUAAUGUAUUCUUUAGCAGACGCUUUUAUCCAAAGCGACAAUAUGCAACCUCUUGAUUUGCAGUCAUAUGUUCUCCCACUGAGCAGCCCUGAAUCUAGACGUUUUAGAGUUUGUGUAACCAGGAUCUGGGUCGAGGACCUCUGUGUCAUCCAGUCCACCUGACCCAGCCCGCUGCUGACCAGCAGAGCAGGAGCUCUCCUCUGCUGGGAGACACAGCCCACUCUUCCCUCCUCUCUGGGCACUUCAAAAUAAAGGCCAUUUUGUCAAUAAAUAAAACUAUC